AAAAAGGAGAAAGACGGACCCCAAGAAAUAGAGAUGAGUUUGAACUGUGAAGUCAGUUGGAGUCGCAGCCGACCCUCGUGCGAUCUUUUCACUUUAUUCUUUGUCUAAACUCUAAGUACUCUCUUUAUUUUGGAAAAAGCUAAAAGAAAGGAAGAACAAAAAUAGAGAACAAUAACAAGAACAUGGGAGAGCUGAAGUCCCUGAAUAAGAAGCAAGUUCAAUUGUUUUACUGUAUGGAAUGCGAAGAGCUUGCCCGUAAAGUUGCUGCGCACUCCCAACUCAUUACCCUUCAAUCUAUCAACUGGAGGAAUUUUGAUGAUGGAUUUCCAAAUCUUUACGUAAACAAUGCACAUGAUAUCCGAGGCCAGCAUGUUGCCUUUCUUGCAUCCUUCAGCUCCCCAGCUGUAAUCUUUGAACAGCUUUCUGUCAUAUAUAAUCUUCCGCGACUGUUUGUUGCUUCCUUCACAUUGGUGUUGCCAUUCUUUCCAACUGGCUCCUUCGAGAGAAUGGAAGAAGAAGGAGAUGUAGCAACUGCAUUUACCAUGGCAAGGAUUUUGUCAAAUAUUCCCAUAUCUAGAGGUGGUCCCACAAGUUUAGUCAUUUAUGACAUCCAUGCUCUGCAGGAAAGAUUUUAUUUUGGAGACCAUGUGUUGCCGUUAUUUGAGACUGGGAUUCCUCUUCUAAAGCUUCGCCUUCACCAGCUUCCUGAUGCUGAUAAUAUAGUUGUUGCAUUUCCGGAUGAUGGAGCUUGGAAACGAUUUCACAAGCUGUUAGAUCAUUUUCCAAUGGUUAUCUGCACAAAGGUUCGUGAGGGUGACAAGAGGAUAGUUCGGCUCAAGGAGGGAAAUCCUGCCAAUUGUCAUGUGGUGAUAGUUGAUGACUUGGUGCAAUCUGGAGGCACUCUUAUUGAGUGCCAGAAAGUUUUGGUAGCUCAUGGUGCAGCAAAGGUGAGUGCAUAUGUCACUCAUGGUGUUUUUCCUAAACGCUCGUGGGAGCGAUUUACAAAAAAGAAUGAUGGGUCAGAGAAGGGAUUUACCUUCUUUUGGAUCACGGAUUCUUGCCCCCACACUGUUAAAGCCAUAGAAAACACAGCUCCAUUUGAAGUUCUGAGUCUUGCAGGAUCAAUUGCCGAAGCUCUACAAAUUUAAGCAAAUAUUCCAGUUUCCAAGAGUCUCAAACUGUCUUCUUCUCAGGUAUUUGAGAUUGUUAGGAAUUUUGAUGCUGAAACUAAGAAUGCAGCAUCUUAUCAAAAACUGUUAAAAUCUUUUUUUUUUUUCUCUUUAUAUAAAAUUAUGAACUUGAAUAAUGUUAAAAGUGAUAUCCUUAUCACUCUAUCCUUUUAUCAAACAAAAAAAUUUCUAUAUUUUGUUAGACUCCUAUUAAAAGAGACUACAUAAGAUGAGUUGUAUAAGUGCAGUUACAAUUCAAAAUUACGUGAAGCCUAUCAAAAUUUUACAUUGGAGAUCACAUUU